AUUAGUAAAUACCGCGCCUAAGGCACAGUACAUCGAAAAUCGAUGGGGGAGGGGUGAAAGUCGCGCGUGCGUUCCUCUUCAGCCGACCGCGUGUCGCCGUCGGACCGCCGCCGCAGCCGCACGCUCGCGACCUGUUUGAACUAAAAGCUCGACUUGUUGCGAUCGCCACCUGUUAACUAACUAAUGGAGGCACCGUGAACACCAGCGUGGGCCGCGAUGCCGCGGUGCUACAUGGUGAAGAAAGGCACCCAGCGGCACGCCGGGCCUCCGCCCCGUAGCCCCACUGAAGCAUGCGUCGCGCCGCCCUGCUACAGUCCAACAGAACAUGCCGCACACACAGAGCCUCGGCCGGCGCAGUACGCGGAGCUGGGCAGCGCGCCGCUGUCAGAGCGCUCCGCAGCUGACACGGAGGCGGCACACGAACUGUUGUCUUUGGCUCAAAGCGUGCCGCCCCUGCCGCCCGCCGCCGUCGUCACACUGCUGCAAGCGCCCGAGCCUACACCCCUCGUGCCAGUCUACACCUACACUCUGCAGCCGACCAACAUCUACAUCCUUUCCGAAGAGCCGCCCGAGCCAACUAUCUACCACGCUGUUCAAACGGUCACCCCUAUACAGACCGUCGAGUACGCAGCCAUUGAGCCGCAAGUUAAUUAUGUUGCUUAUCAACCCCAGAUACCGCUUGAGUAUGUCACUGAUUGCCGAGGACAACUCUUGCCACCGCCGCCGCCACCGCCACCGCCACCGCCACCACCACAACCGCAACCAGAAACAUCACCGCCGGACCCUAAACCUGAACCGAAAUCCGAACCUCGAGAUCCACCUCAGACACCUCGAGCUCCGCAGUCACCAUCAACAAAGGACAAGGCUGCUAAAUAUGACUGCAACGAGUGUGGCAAGCGGUAUGCCACUUCCUCAAAUCUAUCGCGUCACAAGCAGACCCACCGCAGUCUUGAUUCUGUGGCGGCGAAGCGAUGCCCAGAGUGCGGUAAGGCUUACGUUUCUAUGCCAGCUUUGGCAAUGCACGUGCUGACUCAUCGCAUGGGUCAUAUAUGUGGUGUGUGCGGCAAGCAUUUCUCUCGGCCGUGGCUCCUGCGAGGCCACGUGCGCUCACAUACAGGAGAGAAGCCAUACAACUGUGCUUCCUGCGGCAAGUCAUUUGCCGAUCGCUCUAACCUGCGGGCUCAUCUGCAGACGCACUCUUCGGAUAAGAAAUACGAAUGCUCACGCUGCCACAAGUCGUUCGCUCUCAAGAGCUAUCUCAACAAGCAUCAGGAGGCGGCCUGCGUGCGUUCCGACGACGAGUAAUCGAUUGCAACGAAAGAUUUCUCUAUGAACUUCUUUACAUCUUUGUAUUGAUCGAACAAGAGUAUAUAUAUAUUCCAUAAUUUUAAAGUUUGAAAUGUUUAAGAAUGUUGUAUUUUUUCAAUUAUAAACUAGUCGGACACCGACGGGUAACGUGUCAAUUUAUGGCAGGAGCCUGCAAUAUUACAGCGUAGGUUAACGUUUACAUAGUAACGUUUAGAUAAGGAAGCGUCACACAAACGCCGUGGGACGCAGCUAGUUGCUAGUUACGGUGAUACGUAGAGACUUAAUGAAACCGUCGAGCUGUGGUACAAAGAGAGCAAUAAAAUAACGCGCGUAGAAUGCAAGUGUUAGUUCGCACGGGUAGCGUGCCAGUAGAGGCGAGAGGCGAUGGACCAAGCUGUAGCCGCGCACGCCGACUCAUCCGCGCGCGACACGUCGCAACCCACCCAAACCCACGCAAACCUACUCAUAUCGAUAUGUAAAUAUAAAACGUUUACACAUAAGUAAUUUGUUCAAGCAUUCCCUCUAUAUGAGUAGGUUUCAAUAUAAGUCGUUGAAAGAAGCAAUUCGAUAAACGGUCGACCGAUAACGCUUUCCCGAAUACUCAAUAUACUAUUAAAAAUAUGAUUGCAUUGAAAAUAAAUAAUACGGACUUUAAAAAAUAGAGAUACCCGUCAUUGAUAGUAAUAGUAUUAAGCAUGUUUACAGUAGGUACAUUCAUUGAAAAUGCAUAUCGUACAGCGUAGAAUGUUAACGUUUUUAAGAAAGUUAGUUAAGGAUUUUCAUUGGAGGUUCAAGAAACUCAUUUAUGUAAAGAACUUUGACAUAUUUACAAUAUUAAUACUUUACAUAUUUUUUUUUACUUCGUCAACUAAUCCACGACUCUUGACAAAUCAAAUAAUUUACUCUCAAUAACAAACAAAUUUAAACAUAAUUAAAUCUACUUUUACGUGUGAAUAUCUUGUUUUUUGUAUUGUGGUUUUAUUAUUAUUGACGUUUCAAAUACUUUACAGUUUUCGGUCGACCACCAACAAGAUUGAACCGUAAAAGUAGUCUUAAUUAAGUUUCGCGGUUCGCAAAAAUCAAAGGGUAUACAAGACCAAAAGAAAUAAGAAAUAACCCAGCUUUUACGUUCACGCUACAAAUUAUUUUCAAGUGUACUUGUCCAGAAAGGUAUUGAUCAAAAACAUCUAUUUUAAAAUUGGAUGUUUUGUCACUCACUCGCAAUAGAAUUCUCGCUCACAAACUUACUCGGUGAAAGGAACUGAAACGACUGUAAAACCAGUCCACUUCUUUUAUAACGUCAAAGAUAUCCCGGGGAUUUGACGCCAAAGCAAACGAAGCUUGUUGCAAUGCUCCAUACAUCCAGACCAGCUUAAUGAGAUCGCCCCAAAUAUUACGUGUAGGAAAUUCCACUGGUUUUGAAAUUUUUCAAUUCAGAAUAUAUUUUAAAACGUAGUAUUCGAAUGUUUGAGAAUGAACAUUUCACCUAUUACUGAUAUAAGGAGUUGGUUAUUUUUAAGUUUGCUUUUGAAAUACGGCUUUUUAAGAGUACAGAUGCAUAUUGUAUCGGAAUAGAAUGAGUGAAAUUAACUGUUAUUUUAUAUAGGAAGACAUUCGCGUAUUUGGCAAAUAAUUAUUUCGAAAUUCAGAAAGAGUACGAAUGCAUGGUACUAGAAAUAUUUUGUUUCUCUUUUUGUAUUUCAAGUGUUUUUAAAUUACGUUAAAUCUGUUUGCUGAUAAACGCUAUUAAAAGCUGAAUAUGCGCAGAAUAUAUUCUCGCGAAAUUCUGAAGUUCACUGUAAAAUUCUAUUGUAAAAUUAAAUUUCGUGCGCCAUUCAAUUAUACAAUGUAUCGAUACCACCGCUAUGAGACCUUACAAAUAUUAUGUCACAUUAAAAUUCAAUUAAGUUUGAUCUACACAUUUGUUGAAUUUGAUUUUACACAUUCGAUUUGUUGAAUUUUCGUUUAGUGUAUUGUAAGUUGAAAGUUCGCAUUAAUUAAAGGAAAUCAUUGUUCGUUAGUUAAUGUAUUUAUUGUUUGAUUUCGACAUGUUGUUCUAAUAAUAUCCGAUGUGAAAACCUACAAGCUCUACGUAUGUAUACAUAUUCUGUAUAUCAGGUCGCCCAAUUUACUGCGUUAUAAGCCCUUGAAUGUUAUAGUAUAAGUCGUUUAUAAUAAACAAUACUAAUAUAUAUGCUGGCAUCUGAUUAUAUUAUAAAAAUGUAUGGUUUUUUAGUGUAGGAUCGCAACAAUUUGAUAUUACUUUAAGUUUAGAUUAAGAUUUUAUAUUUACAAUUGUUUCCAAUGAAACGUAUUUUAAUAUUUUAUCUUUACCGUACAGUCAAUAAUGAAAAUGAUGCGAAAUAUUAUAUUUACUUCUAUUACGUUAUGUUUUAUGAGAAUUUGAAACAAAAAAGGAUGCAUUUAAGUGACUUGUGAUUAUUUUUAUUUCGAACUCUUAUUAAGUUAUGUUUUACAGUUUAUCAAUUAAUUAUAUUAUGUUUAAACCGAAGAAACAUAAUAAAUAUUAGAGUUAAUGAUAAAUAUUUUUAUAAGAUUAAUGUUUCUAGUCGAGGAAAUCAAUCUAUGUGCAUUCGAAGAAAAUUAUUUACACAAUUCUUUUAAAUUUUAAAGAUACUAAAUAAUAUGCUUCUCAUUAAGAAAUCACUUUAUAUUGUUAAAUCAUACACCAGUCAGGUAUUGGAUUUGUGUUUUUAUUUAAUCUAAUCAAUUUUGCAUAUCUAUUUCGUUCAAUUUUAAAACGUAAGGUAGUGCGAUAAAGGCUAUUAUGCUAAUUGAGACUUUAGAGCGCCAUUCCUUAAAUGUAAUUAGAAUGAUGUUGAUCUCGUUAUUCAAAAAAAUCCUGUAUUAAGUCGAUAAAUGAAUGGAUUAUAUUCUUCUUAGCACUAAUUUCAGUCUGCCUCAUUUUCCCGUGACAAUAGCUUACUACUAUGUACAAAGAACAACGAAAAUAUUAUGUAUUUUAAUAAAUUUUAUUCACAUUUAAAUGAAAUAAAACUAUUUUGCGAAAACCUUUAUGGAUUCCAACAUCAAAGUUUUUAUAUUCCAAUAUCAAAUUAAGUCCUUUUUUAACCGCUUCUGUUUGGGAUUAAGGGAUUUAACUCAAUCGGAAACAAAUAGUCUUGCAACAAAUUUAAUUUGUGACUGUUCAUACAUCUUUGUUACAUUAAUAUUAUGGUACAAUUCCGUUAUGAUAGAAAUAGUAUUGCAUGUCAAUUCUGUAAUAAUUUAGUCAAUUCAUGAACAAAACCAUUUUUAUAAUGAUCUCGAUUUUUGCAUUUAUUAUUAUAUCAUGCUAGAUUUAAUCCCAAGGAAUUUUAAAUAAGUAGUGCUAAUUUAGUUACAUUUAAUUGUUUAAUUCCAAGAAUUAAUAACUAAUCCAAUUUUUGAUUUAAAUGAAAUUAUUAUUAUGGCUCCGUUUUCAAAUAUACAUCAUUCAGUAUGUCAAUGGAAUUUUUAACUCCAUCUUGAAGCUAUUGUUACUUUUGAUAUUAUUAUUUUUAUCAAUGUUACAAUUACAAACAGCAUCGAAGUGUAAAAUGAUAGGAUAUUGAGUCUUUAUAACACUCGCAGCUCAUACGUAAAGACUGAUAAAACUAAUAUCCUUAAUUUAUCAAUCGGAUAACAUCGAAGGAUGCCAUCUUGAUUAUUAGAAAAACAAAGUCUUCCAUAUAACGCCGCAUUAAAUGCUGAUAUUUCUUGGUUCCCGGCGUUACCAUUUAUCUUCACUCACUUCGUUAUCACGUGACAUCUUAAUCUCAACUCAGACACAUUUCGAUUCCCGUUUCGUCUACCGCCGUAACGAGUGUUUCCCAAAAGAAAAUCUCCGAUCUGUAUUCAUUUAUUUGAAGAGUAUGGUUUUAAAUUUUACAUUUGAUGAUAAAUCGUUCGUAAAAUCUUACUUCUGUUUUAUCUAAACCACGCGAGGAUUAAAUUUCAUGCAAGCCAAAUUUCAAUCAAGACAUCUUAAGAGAUCUCGCAAUCAUGAAAUACAUAUAUGAAUUAAUAAAUAAUAAUACAUAAAUGACGUAAAUACAACUAUAUUUUUACAUUUUUAUUUCCCGUUUAUCAAAAACGUCUUAUAUUUAAACAAUACUAAAAUAAUAGUACGUCUAAAAUGGUUUUUUUUUUAAAUGUUCGAAUCAACUAAUUGGAGAUUUUUUUUUAAUACGAACACGUAUUAUGUCACUAAUAGUAUAUGAGAGCAUAAGCGACAUCAUUAUCAAACAGCUUUAGUAUACAAUGAAUUUGUCCUCAUAAAAUUGAUUACGAAAUAGAGGACUCAAUAAAAUAUUUUAAAUUUGUAUCAUCAAUACUUUAUUAGUGAUGAGAUAGAUAUUUUUACGUAAAAAGUCUCUUGGAAAAUCACUUUUUUACAUUUUUCUAUACACAUUGCACUAUUUACAAUCGCUUUUUAAUAAAUUAGACGUGUUUUAAACCAACCGACCGAUUAUUUCGACCUGAUAAAAGUUUACUUACUUCGUUUCAAUCCAAAGCACAUGUUAAAUUAAAUUUAAAUUGUACCAUAUAUCUCUAUUUUUACAUUAAUAGUGUAUCAUCAUGUUAUAGAUAUAAAGAAGUUCAAUCCCAAUAAAAUAUAAUAAAUUCGAGAAAUAGAGAGAAAAAAAAAACGAGCGGUUGUUCUAAAGUCGUUAGCCAAAAAAGAAUAUUGAAAGAAUCGUAACAUAGUUACUAACUUCGUAAGGUUAAUGAUAAGUAUAUUAUUCUAGUCACUUACUUUUAGAACGAAGUUCCUUAUCGCGCGUUGUGAAAGGGGGCUAGACGGAAAAAAUUCUUACGAAAAGUUGUCACGACUUUUUAGAUCCGUCAUUCUGACCAAUCAACGUGUAGGCGCUUAUCGCGUGACAUUGCUCGUAUCCGAUUGGUCCGCGUAAUGAGUACAGUUUCUCGAGAUAGCGUUUCAACAAUAGUAAUUUAGUUCAUAGUAUUAUUUUUUUCUUCUUCAUAAUGCCGUAAAUUAUUAUUAUAACUUAAAAAAAAAAUUACAAUUCCUUCACUAAUUAAUCGAAAGGAACUUCGUUCCAUCCGGGUGUCCCUUGACACCUCUGAAGUUUUUUUUCUUACUAGCUAGUAAUUAAUUAAAGACAAAUCGAAAGCAAUACAUUUGUACAAGUCUAGACAUCUAUUUAUAACGUAUAGAUAUUUUAUUCGUAAUCAUGUAAUUAAUUAGACAUAAAAUUAUAUUUAAUGCGGAACUUUUCUACCUUUAGAUUAACUAGAUAUAUUUAUAAAACAGAAAAAAAAGCAAAAAAAUAUAUUUCUUAAAUUAAAAGCAAGCCAAAAAAGUUGUUAUACUCGUAGUUCAUUGAGAAAUUAUAAAAAGCGAAAAAAAAAUACAUUACUAAUCGAUUCAAAAAUUAAACUCGUUCUUUUAAUAAGACGGAUAACUUUUCGACUAUUCACGAAAAUUAACGGAUAAUUAACAUCCACAUUGUCCGCAUUAAAAUGAAACCGCCGCGCGAUUUAAGUUGUUCAAAGUGAAUAACCGUAAUGCACACACACAUCGGAAAUCAUUUGACAUUGUUGGACAAAAUUAGCUUUGUUCAACCAACUGCGGUAUCGGUUCGACCGUACCUGCACGGAAGGGUAGAACUUCAGACGAAAACUAAAAAAAAAAAUUCCGAUUUUCAAUCCGUUGAAUAUAUUGAUUUUCGUAAGUUAUCUAAUAUACAAAAAGUUCGAAGUAUUCCGAUUUAAAAGUGACAGCGCAUUGUUUCAGAAUAAAAUAUUUUAUGAAGUUUUAUUGUAUAGAAUAAAUAUUUCAUUGUAUUAACUAUUAUAGGCGCCCUUAUUUACCUUAAAACAUCAAGAGGAUAAGACAUUUAUGCAUUUUUCUAUCGUGUUUCUAUUCGCGUUUGAGUCGUAUACAAUAAAAUGACUCAAAUAAGAAUGCAUUAAAAUCAGUGCAAUUCUAAAGAAAAUUAAUAACACCUUGGAUUUCAGUAGUUGCGAUGAGAUUAAAUAUCUGUAAAUGGCAUUAAUUAAUUCCGAAUUCGAUUACAACGAUUGAUCUAGAUCUGAUAUAAUUACACUAUAGUAGUUUAUACAUUUUACAUACCAGAGAAAAUAUUAUAUAACCUAUAAUUAAGAAAUUUAGAGCUCUUAUACUUUGGUCAGUUAUUCAGAAUAUUUAGAUGUUUUUAAACAACCCAUUUACUGUUAGCUAAUAGACAAUUUAGCGGCUUAAUCUCGUAGCAAAUUUGCUGUUGAAAUUUUUUGACCCGGAAAACUGUUAAGUAUUCUUAACAUCAAAUAGUUGUUUGAACAAAGUGAUUAUAUGUUUAAUUUUAAGCUGUUUAACUGUCAUUAUUAAUGAAUGAAUUAGUCUCUAGGAUUCAUCAUUGCAAAUUAGUCUUGCGAAAAUUUGAUAUUUAUUGCAAAUACGUACAUAUUACUGUGUCAAGCUGUUUAUUAAUAAUUAUUAAAUACAAAUGCUACAUCAUCUAGAUUGUAAGACGUUUUCGAACUUAAGCACUACACAAUAUUAUUCAUUAAUAACACGGACAAAAUAUUUUAGGCGAUUUAUAAUAAAAUAUUAUUUAGAAAUUUGCGAUUACGUAAUAUUUUAACUACCUAUUUAAUUCUAGACAUUAUUCAGUAACUAACUGGAGAAUUUUUAAUUCUUACCUCUUAAACGCGACUAAAGUUUUCAAUCAGUCGUUUUUAUAAAUGAAAGACCGACUCAUUAACUUGUCUAGUCGCACUAAACGCCAUGAGACGUGCAAUAUUAUAACCCCUAGUGCCCAUAAACUGAGUGAUCGACAAUUCACUUAUUAAUUUCCGUAACGACUCCUAACUUAUAACUUAAAUUUUCAUCAUAACAAAUACCUCAAAAAGACCAAAGCUCAGGCAAUAAACGGCACUUAAUGUAGUGAUAUUGUCACCAAGAAUAGGAUAAGAUUAAAUAGUUUUUAAUAUAAUGAAUUCGCGUUUGUAGUUCCGUAUGCAAAUGCAUGUUGAAAGAAGCUUCGACACAAACUCAAGUAAUCAAGUAUAGUGUUAGCGUUAGUGUCACGAUUUUACGUCAAGGAACAAUCUACGUGGUCACUCUAACUAGUAGGCUGUGGCUACGUGUUUGAUAACGUUCUUGUAAUUGUACGUGACUAUCGUGUGCAACGGUUUACUACAAAUGUAGGCGUCUCGCUAUUGGCUGCAUUGAGUUAUUAAGGCGGGAACGUGGCUUCCGCAUUUCCGACGCUCACCCACAUACAUAAACGUUUCCUUCAAAAGAUAAUGUCAACUCGACGCCGAGAUUGUUGGCUUUUCUUAAAAUGCAAUUCGUAUGACGUCGCCAUAAUUAAACGUUAUCCCAACAACAAUUUUUACACAAUACUACAACAGAAAAAUGUGAUUUCAAAACAAAUAAAAAAAGGAAACAAUAAGAAAAUUUAUUAGUCACCAAAAUAAGAUUAGUAAAUUCAAUGAAUCUCGAAUCCGUUUACAAAUUCGUAUUAUGUUAACGAAAUGGACCAGACAGCUUUGUUUCACAAGUAACUGUGUCGAUAUUUGAAAUAUUCAUGCAGGCAUGCCAUUUGAUUCAUAAUGUAUCUUGACGUUUGCGCCUAAUUUACAACUAAGCUGAGAACUUGUGUUUGAAUGCUGUUAGUUCAUCUAAUGCUGAAUACUCGAUGUAACUUUCAAUUGUUUCGUGUGUAGUUUUAAUUUUUGUGGCACUAAUAAAACUAGAAGCACUGACUAGUAUUUAAUGGCAACAUUAUGUUACUUAAUUGUAAAAAUACGUGUGUUGAAGUCAUUCGUACGAAUAAAGUUGUAGUAACAAUA